UGCAGAUCUUUGCUACUUCUCUGUGCGAUCAGUUCAGCUUACAUUUGUAUUUCUUGUUUUGCCGUGCCUACUAUUGGGUUAUUUGGGUCAAGCUGCAUACCUUAUGGAAAACCAUGCUGAUGCUGGUCAAGCCUUUUUUUUCUUCUGUUCCAAGUGGUGCAUUCUGGCCAACUUUCCUUAUUGCUAACAUUGCUGCACUAAUAGCAAGUCGGACUAUGACAACAGCCACAUUUUCUUGUAUAAAACAGUCAACUUCACUUGGUUGUUUCCCCCGUCUUAAAAUAAUUCACACAUCUCGGAAAUUUAUGGGCCAGAUCUAUAUCCCUGUCAUAAACUGGUUUCUCUUGGCUGUUUCUCUGGUGUUUGUCUGCACUAUAUCCAGCGUUGAUGAGAUUGGAAAUGCAUAUGGCAUUGCUGAGGUGGGGGUGAUGAUGAUGACCACUAUUUUAGUAACUCUUGUUAUGCUCCUUAUAUGGCAGAUACACAUUAUCAUAGUGCUGAUUUUCUUGGUGGUCUUCUUGGGAUUGGAGUUGACUUUCUUUUCGUCGGUUUUGUGGAGUGUAACAGAUGGAAGUUGGAUUAUAUUGGUCUUUGCCACAAUAAUGUUUUUUAUAAUGUUUGUAUGGAAUUAUGGAAGUAAGCUCAAGUAUGAAACUGAAGUCAAGCAAAAGCUUUCAAUGGAUUUAAUGCGAGAAUUAGGCUGCAAUCUUGGGACAAUUCGUGCUCCUGGGAUUGGUUUGCUGUAUAAUGAGUUGGUCAAAGGAAUUCCGGGAAUUUUUGGGCAUUUUCUAACCACACUUCCAGCAAUACACUCUAUGGUCAUAUUUGUAAGUAUCAAGUAUGUUCCAGUUCCGAUGGUGCCUCAAAAUGAAAGGUUCCUUUUUCGGCGAGUCUGCCAGAAAAGCUAUCAUAUAUUUCGUUGUAUUGCCAGGUAUGGGUACAAAGAUGUGCGCAAAGAAAAUCACCAGACUUUUGAGCAGCUGCUGAUGGAGAGCCUAGAGAAGUUUAUACGUCGUGAGGCUCAGGAGAGGUCACUUGAGAGUGAUGGGGAUGAUGAUACUGAUUCAGAGGAUGAGUACUCAAGGGUUCUCAUAGCUCCCAAUGGGAGUGUUUACUCACUAGGUGUUCCUCUUCUGGCUGAUUUUACGGAUACAAGCAAUCCCAUUUUUGAAGCAAGCACAUCAGAGGAGGUAAUAAGGCCAGCGUCUCCUAAAUCCCCAGUGCUUGAUGCAGAGCAGAGUCUUGAAAGAGAGUUAUCUUUUAUUCGCAAGGCUAAAGAAUCUGGAGUGGUUUAUCUUCUUGGUCAUGGGGAUAUUAGGGCAAGGAAAGACUCUUGGUUUAUGAAGAAGCUAGUUAUAAACUAUUUUUAUGCCUUUCUGAGAAAGAACUGCAGAAGGGGGAUCACGAAUUUAAGUGUACCCCAUUCACAUCUGAUGCAAGUUGGCAUGACUUACAUGGUUUGACCAUCAAUUCUACAAUCCAAAUAAAACAAAUGCCACGUAAUUUGGAAUUCUAGUUUGGUAGCAACGAGUGGAUCACGUUAAGGUCUCAUUUUGGAAUGCUCUUUGCUUGAUCAUCACUUCUUUUGCUGAAUAUCUUUCCAGCUCAUCAUCUGGAAAAUUCUCUGUGGUUCCUUAUGGCUGUGCGCUUGCACUGUGGAUGUCUGGGAUUGGAGUAGGCUGAGAACAGAAAGAAACAGAUAUAUGUAAAAUUAUAUCAUUAAAAGAAAUUGUAGAUCGCCAUGUACACCUUAUGGUUGCGUCAAAUUCCACUUCAAUGUGGUAAACACCGAGUUUUGUACACCAACCAUCUUAAUUGAGAUAAAUUUCUUUAGUUUACUUUAACU